AACGCAAAAUUAGCUAUGUCUGGUCGUGGAAAGGGAGGUAAGGGGCUUGGAAAGGGAGGCGCUAAGCGCCAUCGUAAAGUCCUUCGUGACAACAUCCAGGGUAUUACUAAGCCAGCUAUUCGCCGUCUUGCCCGCCGAGGUGGUGUCAAGCGUAUCUCCGGUUUGAUCUAUGAAGAAACCCGUGGUGUGCUGAAGGUGUUUCUGGAGAACGUCAUUCGCGACGCCGUUACCUACACCGAGCACGCCAAGAGGAAGACCGUCACCGCCAUGGAUGUCGUGUACGCUCUCAAGCGCCAGGGCCGCACUCUGUACGGCUUCGGCGGUUAAGCGUGAACGCAACAGCGAGUGAAUCUACAAACCCAAAGGCUCUUUUCAGAGCCACCCACUUCAUCCUGAAAGGCAAAUCAAGUAUUGCGUGCUAUAACUGUGUGGGUGUUUCGCUUAAAGACAAUGGUGUGCGAAUGAACUAGCAAUUUCGCCGAGCAAAACGCUUGAAUCUAUAUCUCCUUAUCGAUGUUUCUACAUAACUGGUGCAGUAUGUGUAAAAUACAUGGAAACCGGCAAAAAAUGCGAGUUUAUGAACUUUAUUUUGAAGACUUUUCAUUAAAUAAAGUGGAAUAGAAUCCA